CCUUACUAUGCGUCACUUCGCCUCUCUCAGUCGUUGAUCAUGGCGGAGCCGGAGCUACAGCGCGAAGUGGAGCCUCAACUUCUCAACGGGGACGACUUGAACGACGAAGAAAGAGAGGACGCGGACGCCAGCGAAGCAGUGAAGAGAAAGAGAAGAAAGAAGAAGAGGAGCCGGACGAGCGGGCCAGUAUGUGACUUUGCAGCAGGGACAAACGAAGCUGAGGGAGGUUCUGGAGAAGCCAGAGGUGUCGGCGAAGUGGCAGCACAGCUGGAGCAGCAAACCUUGGAGGAGAAGGAGAGGCCCGAGGAUGCAGAGGAAGAUGGCGAUGAAGGGGAAAACUCAGCUGUCAAAAAGAAGAGGAAGAAGAAGAAGAAGAAAGGAGCAAAGGGACAGACUGACCCUCCCUCAGUACCUAUUUGUGAGCUCUAUCCCAACGGGGACUUUCCAAAGGGAGAGGAGUGUGAAUACCCCCCAUCGAAAGACGGGCGCAGCGCCGCGUGGCGGACCACCAGCGAGGAGAAGCGGGCGAUGGACCGAGCCAACGAGGAGAUGUGGAGCGACUUCAGGCAGGCGGCCGAGGCCCACCGACAGGUGCGCUCCUACGUCAGGAGCUGGAUAAAACCGGGGAUGACCAUGAUCGACAUCUGCGAGAAGCUGGAGGAUUGCUCCAGGAGGCUCAUCAAGGAGAACGGGCUGAGUGCCGGCCUGGCUUUUCCGACCGGCUGCUCCAUCAACCACUGCGCUGCCCACUACACCCCCAACGCCGGAGACCCGACCGUGCUGCGCUACGACGACGUCUGCAAGAUCGACUUUGGCACACACAUCAACGGUCGAAUAAUAGACUGCGCAUUCACCGUCACUUUCAAUCCAAAGUACGACAGACUGCUGGAGGCUGUGAGGGAUGCGACAAACACCGGCAUCAGGUGUGCAGGAAUCGACGUGCGCCUGUGCGACGUCGGCGAGACCAUCCAGGAAGUCAUGGAGUCUUACGAAGUGGAGAUAGAUGGAAAAACGUAUCAAGUGAAGCCAGUCAGGAACCUGAACGGCCAUUCGAUUGGACAGUACAGGAUACACUCAGGGAAGACUGUUCCCAUCGUGAAAGGUGGCGAGGCGACCAGGAUGGAGGAAGGUGAAGCCUACGCCAUCGAGACGUUCGGCAGCACCGGAAGAGGCGCCGUCCACGACGACAUGGAGUGCUCUCACUACAUGAAGAACUUCAACGUUGGACACGUGCCGAUAAGACUACCAAGGGCUAAACACCUGCUGAACGUGAUCAACGAGAACUUCUGCACGCUGGCUUUCUGCCGCCGCUGGCUGGACCGCCUGGGUGAGAGCAAGUACCUGAUGGCGCUGAAGAACCUGUGCGACCUCGGCAUUAUAGACCCUUACCCGCCUCUGUGCGACAUCAAGGGCAGCUACACCGCCCAGUACGAGCACACCAUCCUGCUCAGGCCCACCUGCAAGGAGGUAGUGAGCCGAGGAGACGACUAUUAAGGCUUGCGGCUAUUAAGACCCUCAGGCGAAACCCAGAGGAACAUGGCAGCUGCGCAACACCGAGCGCCUCCAGACUGACAGCAGUUAUGCAAUAUCUCUCAUCCCUAACUUUCCGCAGCUCCGGUCCCUUUAGGUGCAGCGUCUGGCAAAGUAUCCAUAGCUAAAUCUUUUUGCGGCAACUGCAGCUCCAAGUUGUGGCCCUGCUGGCUUCGCACGACUACAGAGUAACAUGUUUUGCCCACUUUUGCUUUGCAGAAUAGCUCAGGUUGAGUCAGACUGGAUGGAUAACAUCCGUGGACACGCAAUUUCAAGCCUGGCCACGAUUAAAUAAUAAUCUGACCAUUCCAGCAUGGUGGGAUAAGCGUUGAUCAAAAUUGCAGCUCUGGCUGUACAUGUAGGGUAGUUGUACUGCUGGUGUUCAACUAAUAAUCGGCCCAUCAUCAACAUAUUUUCCCACAAGACCUAUUGAUCUCUGCAGCUCCUCCAAAGGUACCUCUCUGAUUGAAGGGCUUCACAUACUCAAGUCUCGCAGCUUGUUCUUGCCACUCCUUUGUUUCUGAUAUUAAAUUGAACAGAGCUUUACUCAGUACUUUGGGAAAACAUUUACACUUGCCUUUAUUUUGUAAUUUUAGAGUAAAAAGGGACAAAUACAAAUGUAUGCCACAACCCUUUUUUAUUUUUGAAAAAAAAAAAAGCAAUAAUUAAAGCCAUACAUAAUUUUUUUUUUCUUCAGCUUGUGUUGGUGUGUCACAUAAAAUCCCAAUAAGUAGAUUGAAGUCUGUGGCGGUAAUGUGAAAAAGUUAAAGUGGAUCUUCUGGAUCACACUGUGGUUGUAGCAAAGCAAAAAAACCUCGUAUCACGAAGAGAGCUUACUAGUAAUUUUGGUUUUCUUCUAAGGAUCAAGCCAGCAGAAGAAAAUGGGUGUAUCUUUAAUGAAUGUAGCAUUGCAGGCUUAGUUAUAAGUGCUGUUUUUAGAAGAUAUGCAAAACUACUUUAUGCAACCAAAAAAAACUAAAGAAAAGAAACAUUGAUUAGAUAAACAGCAAUCCAGAAAACACAUUCAGCUUUACUGUCAUGUUAGGAUAUCUCAUGGGGGAGGGGGGAACUGCUAUAAAAUAUUUGUAUUAUAAUAUUCUGCUGCUUUGUUUUCAUUUGAUGCAUUUUUUUUUCUAAAAAAAACGAAUAAAAAAUAAAUUGUUAUAAAUUUGGAACUGCAUUUUGGUUUGUGGACAUUAUAAAACGCUGCAUUCAUAUCAAUAUCCUGCACUGAUGGCUGUUCAGAUAAAAAAAUAAAAUAAAAUCCAUUUAAGAAAUGUGGCAAAAAAAAAAAAAGAAAAUCACAUAUGGUAAGUCAUUACUGUAAGAAACUUCUUACUGUUACAGAGUUUUCUCACCAAAUUCUCUGUCCUGUUUGAAUUGGGGAUAAAAUAAUUAUUGUAGUCGACUGAUUUCUAACUUAUUUUUCCAAGGACUCACCAAGAAAAAAAACACCAAAAAUAUUUGGUAGAAUUGGCUGAAAAUGAACUGUUUAGUGAAUUUAGAGAUUUUUAGUCCACAUUUAACCACUUAAAAGAAUUGAGAACCCAGAGUCCCACAAUCCAGCGUGAAAAUAAUUUGUCAAUUAAACGUUUCUAUAAGUUGUAGUUACUGAAAUUGUAACAAAUAUCUUUAAUAAAUGAAAAACUUUAUCAAUCAUUUACAAGUUUAAACAGUUUAUUAAAUCCACAAUGUAAUAAUUAACCGUCAAAAAAUACAAAUAAAUUAAAACAGACGUUGUAAAAUGAUGCGUAUAUUAGCACAUUUAUAUAAAUGUAGGCCAGUGUAUUUAUUUAAUGCGUUUACAUCCAUUUCUAUCCUAAUAAAUUUGCUUGACACGUUUGACGCAACAGAAGCUGCAACCCGAAAAAAUAAAUAAAAGGAUUUCUUGUUAUACAGUUUUCUUCCUUUUGGUUGCACUUUUUACUUGGUGUUCUUAAAGUUGACUAAAAUGCCAUAUAAAGAAGUGUAGACCGUCUGGGAGUGUUUUGUUAUCUCCUAACCAAAAGAGGGCGGUAAACACACACGGCUUAAUCAGCUACACGUGAAGUAAACACAUCUUCUGGACAUCCAUCCUUCACAAUCAUGAACAAACAAAUAAAAAGAUGACAAAACAUAGUAAGGAGAGAAAACAUAGAUUAUGGAACAGAAAAAAAGGAGACUUACUUGAAAUAAAAGCACUCUUGAAUGAUAAUAUCGUACUAUAAGAACAUUUACCCUAUUUGUGUGUGUCUGUGUGUGUGUGUGUGCGUGGGUGGGUGGGUGUGUGUGUGUGCGUGUACGUCUUUGGGUUAAUGGCUGAUGACUUAAUUUCUGAGGAAUUCUUUGCAUCUCUGCAGGCUGUUUGUUGCUCUCCUUGGAGACGGAACAUCAGACCUUUUCCUAACUGGGCGAAAACGUCCAAAAAUGUCCUGUUUACUCUGGUUUUGAAGCACAGCCAGAAAAAGACACAUGUUGAACGGACGUCUACAGAUACAAAUAUGGGCUUAUGAUCAAACUGGGCUCUCAGACGGAAGAGGAUCUUUCAUAAGAGAGAGAGAGAGAAUCCUGAUAAUAAGUAAUUGGCUGGCUGAAGAAUCUGUGUUCAACUGAACUGGAUGAAAGGCUAAAUUAGCAUAUUGUCACCUUCCUAAUGUAACGGCCGUUCUUAAGUGGUUUUUGAAGAAAGUGACUGGCAACAACAACAGAAAAAAAAAAAGUCACUACCAUCUUUGCCAAAAGAUGAGUUAGGCAAAAAAAUAAAAAAUACAUCUUUUUUGGAGAUGGUAUAGAACAGAGAGGUUUUUUCUGCCA